AUGGCGGGUCCCGAGCAGCAGCAGCAGCAGGUGGAGGAGAAGGCAGAGCACAUAGAUGAUGCUGAGAUGGCUCUGCAAGGAAUCAACAUGCUGCUCAACAACGGAUUCAAGGAGAGCGACGAGCUCUUCAGGAGAUACAGGGGCCAGAGCCCACUGAUGAGCUUCGGGGCCAGUUUCGUCAGUUUCCUGAAUGCCAUGAUGACAUUUGAGGAGGAGAAGAUGCAGACGGCCUGUGAUGACCUGAAGACGACUGAGAAACUGUGUGAGAGCGACAACGCCGGAGUGAUAGAGACAAUCAGAAACAAGAUAAAGAAGAGCAUGGACUCUCAAAGGUCAGGUGUUGUUGUCGUGGACCGCCUUCAGCGACAGAUCAUCGUUGCUGACUGUCAGGUCUACCUCGCAGUGCUCUCCUUUGUCAAGCAGGAACUUUCUGCCUACAUCAAAGGAGGCUGGAUUCUUCGUAAGGCUUGGAAAAUGUACAACAAGUGCCACAGUGACAUCAGCCAGCUGCAGGAGACCUGUGAGCGCAGGUCCUCUGUCACCCAGGACUCCCUCUCAGCAGACAACGCCAACCACAACGCGCCAGUGGAGAACGGCGUGACGCCCGAGGCCCUGGAUCGACUCAAGGGCUCCGUCAGCUUUGGCUACGGCCUUUUCCACCUGUGCAUCUCAAUGGUGCCGCCACACCUGCUCAAGAUUAUCAACCUUCUGGGUUUUCCCGGGGACAGACUCCAGGGCCUGUCCUCCCUAAUGUAUGCGAGCGAGAGCAAGGACAUGAAGGCACCGCUGGCUACGUUGGCCCUCCUGUGGUACCACACGGUAGUGCUUCCUUUCUUCGCUCUGGAUGGCUCUGACACACAUGCAGGGCUAAUGGAGGCCAAGGCUAUUCUGCAGAGAAAGUCGGUGGUUUACCCCAACUCAUCGCUCUUCAUGUUCUUUAAAGGACGGGUUCAGAGACUAGAGUGCCAAAUCAACAGCGCUUUGGCCUGUUUCCAUGAUGCUUUAGAGCUUGCAUCAGACCAAAGAGAGAUCCAGCAUGUGUGUCUUUAUGAGAUUGGAUGGUGCAGCAUGAUAGAGAUGAAUUUUGAAGAUGCGUACAGGUCGUUUGAGAGGCUGAAGAACGAGUCUCGCUGGUCACAGUGCUACUACGCGUACUUAACCGGCGUGUGUCAGGGUGCUUCUGGCGACCUGGAUGGAGCAAGUGGAGUUUUCAAAGAUGUGCAGAAGCUCUUUAAGAGGAAAAACAACCAGAUAGAGCAGUUUGCUGUCAAAAGGGCUGAGAGAUUGAGAAAGAUAUCUCCCACCAGAGAGCUAUGCAUCCUCGGUGUAAUCGAAGUGCUAUAUCUGUGGAAAGCACUUCAAAACUGCUCCUCAUCUAAACUGCAGAUAAUGAAUCAGGUGUUACAGAGUCUAGAUGAUGCUUCGUGCAGAGGCUUGAAAAAUCUCCUUCUUGGUGCCAUUCACAAAUGUCAUGGGAAUAUGAGAGACGCUGUUCAGUCACUCCAGUUGGCUGCUAGAGACGAGUACGGACGGCAGAUCAACUCAUAUGUUCAACCAUAUGCUGUCUAUGAACUGGGAUGUAUACUCCUUGCGCAAGCUGAGACAGUGGGAAAGGGAAGGUCAUUGCUACUUCAAGCAAAGGAGGAUUUUACGGGCUACGACUUUGAGAACAGGCUUCAUGUCCGCAUCCACUCGGCCCUGGCCUCGUUGAGGGAGGUAGUGCCGCAGUGACUCCAGGAGGAAGCUGUGACAGCUCAAGCUAUGCUCAUGGCUUUUUGAAGACACGUUUUUAAGCCAUUCAAACCAACUCUUUGACAUCCCCUUGA